GCACCUCUUCGCCAUCGCGAACGUCGCCUACUCCAAAGUGAUGGAUGCCAAACACAACCAGUGUAUCGUCAUCAGUGGGGAGAGCGGCUCGGGGAAGAACCGCGGGGAUCCCCCCACCCCACGGUGUGUCGGGGUACCCACGCUGACCCCCAGGCUCUCCCCAUCUCUGCGGCAGAUCCUGGAGGCGACCCCCUUGCUGGAAUCCUUCGGCAACGCCAAAACCGUGAGGAAUGACAAUUCCAGCAGGUUUGGGAAAUUCGUGGAAAUCUUUCUGGAGGACGGCUUGAUCUGCGGUGCCAUAACCUCGCAGUACCUGCUGGAGAAGUCCCGUGUGGUCUUCCAGGCCAAGACAGAGCGUAACUACCACAUCUUCUACGAGAUGCUGGCAGGGCUGCCCGCCCAGCAGCGCCAGCGGUACUGCCUGCAAGGCGCCGAGACCUACUACUACCUGAACCAGGGUGGGAACUGUGAGAUCCCGGGCAAGGACGACGCGGAGGAUUUCCGCCGGCUGCUCAACACCAUGGAGGUGCUGAGCUUCACCACGGAGGAGCAGAACAGCAUCUUCCGCAUCCUCUCCUCCGUCCUCCACCUGGGCAACGUCUACUUUGAAAAAUAUGAGACUGACUGCCAGGAGGUCGCCACGGUGGUGAGCGCCACCGAGAUCCGGACGGUGGCUGAGCUGCUGCAGGUCUCCCCCGAGGGCCUGCAGAAAGCCAUCACCUUCAAGGUGACGGAAACCCUCCGGGAGAAGAUUUUUACCCCCCUGACCGUCGAAAGUGCCGUGGAUGCCAGGGAUGCUAUUGCCAAGACCCUCUACUCCCUGCUCUUCGGCUGGCUCACGGACCGCAUCAACAAGCUGGUGUACCCGCGGCAGGAGGCCCUCUCCAUUGCCAUCCUGGACAUCUACGGCUUCGAGGACCUCAGCUUCAACAGCUUUGAGCAGCUGUGCAUCAACUACGCCAACGAGUACCUGCAGUUCUUCUUCAACGUGUCCCAGGAGGAGCAGGAGGAGUACCUCCGGGAGCAGAUUGAGUGGAAGGAGAUCUCCUUCAGCGACAACCAGCCCUGCAUCGACCUCAUCUCCCAGAAGCCCUACGGCAUCCUCCGCAUCCUCGACGACCAGAGCUGCUUCCCCCAGGCCACUGACCACACGUUCCUCCAGAAGUGUCACUACCACCAUGGGACCAACCCUCUGUACACCAAGCCGAAGAUGCCACUGCCCGAGUUCACCAUCAAGCACUAUGCAGGGAAGGUGACCUACCAGGUUCACAAGUUUUUGGAUAAAAACUACGACCAGGUCCGUCAGGACGUGCUGGACCUGUUCAUCAGCAGCAGGACCAAGGUGGUGGCCAACCUCUUCUUCGGCCAUGCCCAGGUGAUGGCUCGGCAGAGGAGCCUGGCCAGGAGGAGCAGCACCAGGACACGGCGGUACAAGGCCCCCACCGUGGCCGCCCGGUUCCAGCAGUCGCUCCUGGACCUGGUGGAAAAGAUGGAGAGGUGCAACCCCUUCUUUGUGCGCUGUCUCAAACCCAACAACAAGAAGGAACCAGGGCUCUUCGAGGCCGACGUGGUCAGCAGCCAGCUGCGCUACUCGGGGAUCCUGGAGACCAUCCGCAUCCGCAAGGAAGGCUUCCCCAUCCGCAUCCCCCGGCCCAUCCGCAUCCGCAAGGAAGGCUGCCCCAUCCGCAUCCCCUUCCUGGUCUUCAUCGACAG